GGGGCCGGGGCUGCAGGCAGCGCAGAUCCGCGGGCGCUAGGCGCGCGUACCCAGCACUGGGUGCCGGCGGCGAAAUCCGCGGUAGCGCGCUGUAGCGGCUGGCGGCCAGUGCACGCCCCUUCCUGCGUCUGCAGCUGGCUCCGCGCGCCCCUCUCGGGCGUCCGGCCUCCGACGUCCUGGCGGCUUGGGUGGCGGCUGUUCGGGCGGUCGCCUGGCUGCUCCUCGGGGCGGCGACCUGGCUCACGCGCGGGCCCGCCGCGGCCUUCACUGCCGCAAGCUCUGACGCCGGCAUAAGGGCCACGUGUUCUGAAAUUACUUUGAGACAAGAAGUUUUGAAAGAUGGUUUCCACAGAGACCUUUUAAUAAAAGUGAAGUUUGGAGAAGGCAUUGAGGACUUACAGAGGUGCCGACUCUUAAUUAAACAGAACAUUCCUACAGGACUUUUUGUGGAUCCAUAUGAGUUGGCUUCAUUACGAGAGAGAAACAUAACAGAGGCAAUGAUGGUUUCGGAAAAUUUUGAUGUAGAGGCCCCUAACUAUUUGUCCAAGGAAUCUGAAGUUCUCAUUUAUGCCAGACGAGAUUCACAGUGCAUUGAUUGUUUUCAAGCCUUUUUGCCUGUGCACUACCGCUAUCAUCGGCCACAUAGUAAAGAUGGAGAAACCUUUACUGUGGUCAGUAACCCAGAUUUGUUGAUGUAUUGUGACCAAGAGUUCUCGAUUUUGAAAUGCUGGGCUCACUCAGAAGUGGCAGCUCCUUGUGCUUUGGAGAAUGAGGAUAUCUGCCAGUGGAACAAGAUGAAGUAUAAAUCAGUAUAUAAGAAUGUGAUUCUGCAGGUUCCAGUGGGACUGACUAUACAUACCUCUUUAGUAUGUUCUGUGACUCUGCUCAUUACAAUCCUGUGCUGUACUUUGAUCCUUGUAACAGUUUUCAAAUAUGGCCAUUUUUCCCUAUAAGUUUUAUGUAGUUAAAUGCUUCCUAGAAACCUAAAUAAGAUCUAUUAAAUUCUGAUGAGAGGUGUUCUUCUAGAAUUGAGCUAGUAACUUUUAUCAUUUGUGGCCAAACUUACGUUUACUAGAGGAAAUCUGAGAAUGAUCCCAGAUUUCCUCUAGUAAACGUAAGUUUGGCCACAAAUGGCCUCAGCUAAUUCCAAAAUUUAGUGCUCUAUUGCACAGAUGCUCGGUAAUCCUCAAGCAUCAAAUGCCCUAAGAGGAAACAAUUCUGCUAAAUUGAUGUCUAUUUAGUGAGAAGUGACUUUAUCUUCAUUUGGGAUAGAAAAAUUAUUUCCUUAUGUAGUAGAGACAAAUUAUUCUCAUUUUGUGAAUACUUUCCAUUUAAGCUACAAAUUGUGAAAACCAUACAAAUAAGAAUAAAAUAGGCCAGGCACAGUGGCUCACGCCUUUAAUCCCAGCACUUUGGGAGGCUGAGGUGGGUGGAUCACCUGAGGACUGGAGUUCAAGAUUAGCUUGGUGAAACCCCCAUCUCUACUAAAAACACAAAAAUUAGCUGGGCGUGGUGGUGGGUACCUUUAGUCCUAGCUAAUUGGGAGGGAGAUGUGGGAGAAUCGCUUGCACCUGGGAGGCAGAGGUUCCAGAGAGCCAAGAUUGCACCACUGCACUCCAGUUUGGGCGACAGAGUGAGAUCCUAUCUCCAAAGGGGAAAAAAAAGAAUAAAAUCACUUGGGAUGAAAAUCAUGUCUAUUUAAAUAUUAAUGUCAUGAGAAUAUUAAAGACAUUUGCCAGAGUUUCAACAAAAAUCAUUAGGACAGCUAAGAAAUUAUUAAUAUCAAAAUUAUUGAUAAUCUUAAAUUGUUGAUUAUUCCUUAAUACACUCCAUUCUCCUUUUACAUUUUAUGUUUCUUUUGAAUAUAUGAAUUGGCAAACGGCUUGAUGAAACUGAGUACUAAGAUUUAGUACAGAAUGUGUGAAGAAGAGAACUCAGAUUGCCAUUUUAAAGUUGUACCUGAACAAUAAUUGGAAUCAUCAGGUAAUUUUUUAAAACAAAGGUUCUUAAUUUACUGUGAUGCUUGGGAAAAAAUUAGAAAAUAAAGUAAGUGCCAUAGGCUAAUUAAAAAAUAAAACUUUAGAGGGAGCGUGUUCCAGAAGAGAAGCCAUCAAACCAGGGUAUGUUGGCAUUAUUUGUUUUAUAUAGAGUAUUGAGAUGUGAUAAACCUUUAUAUAUGCUAUCGCUGCUCAGUUUCCUGAAACAUUUUGGUGUUUUCAUGGGACCAUAUCUUGUUGUGACUUGACUAGUCAUAACAGUUCUUUUUAAAGGUGUAUUUGAGACUUAAAUAUUGGAAAAGGCAACCCGGUGCCAUAAAGCAGAACUCGUGACCUUUAAAAUGACUAAAAUUUCAACCCAGUAUAGUUUCAUGCUUUCUCAUGAGAAAAAAUUUCAUGUUUUGGAAACAUUUCUUUCACUAUGGGAUUAAUAAUGUGACACUGAAAUGGAAUUAUAUGUCAGUUAAAAUUCACGAACAUUGACAGGCAACAUUUUGGCAUAUGGUUAGACAGGUAGGGGAACACGGUACUGUUUAACAUCUUAAGAGUAUGGGCCAGGUGCGGUGGCUCAUGCCUGUAAUCCCAGCACUUUAGGAGGUGGAGACGGGCGGAUGACGAGGUCAAGAAAUCGAGACCAUCCUGGCCAACAUAGUGAAACCCUGUCUCUACUAAAAUAUAAAAAAAUUAGCUGGGCGUGGUGGCGCACAUCUGUAGUCCCAGCUACUCAGGAGGCUGAGGCGGGAGAAUUGCUUGAACCCAGGAGGCAGAGGUUGCAAUGAGCCAAGAUCCCGCUACUGCACUCUAGCCUGGCGCCUGGCAACAGAGCAAAACUGUGUCUAAAAAAAAAAAAAAGAGUAUGUGGGGCAUGUGUAUAUAGAAUGUUCUUAUUUUUGCUCAUCACAACCAAGUUUCAUCAGUAUUUAAAAUAAGAUUGUGACUUGGAAUGUGGUUCAGCCAUUUACUCAUUUAUACAAAUAUUCAGAAGCGGAAUAAAAAUGUGAAUGAAGAAAGCUUUGAUAUGACUCUUCUUGCCUGGAUAAAUGGUUGCAGAUGACAUCACUUUUAGUAUAACAGAACAUUUCUGGUUUUGACCUCUUUAGAUUAUCUUCUUUGGAUACUUAAACAAUAAACAAAUGCUUAUUUUAAAAUCA